AACAACGCCACUCGUAAGGAAAAACUCAACCGAACAGUAGACACUGUACCAGUCCUGAUUCGAACGCUUCACGUUUCUGUCAGUUGGCUAACGCUGCUUAUCAUUUUACUAUUUUGACUCAUUUAUAUCUACUUUUGUUAUUGUUUUUACUUGAAAUUUGAACGUAGCAUUAACUGUAAGGGUUUUUCGGUAGGACCCCCUUUUCAUUUUCACCGGCUUCGUCGUGAUCGACUUAAGCAACGUUUUCGACCGACGCGGUCCCUCGGCCGGGUUCUGCUUAAAGUGACUUUCAAUUUUACGUUAAGUAACUAUAGUGACAAAUGAUGUAUUCGGACAAAGUCGAAGUACUUAGGUUCGAAACAGAACCGUAUAGAAAACAUUUGGACCAUCACAACGGCAGCCCUAACAAGAAUGGAUUGCUAAACUACAACAACAAUAACAACAGCAUCAACCACCACGCUAAACAAUUCAUCUACCAAAACGGAUAUCACAAUCAUUCUGCUUCGCUAAUAGAUACAGAAACAAAAUCAACUAUCUUAACUAAUCAUCAAGUGCAGCCGCCAUCCGAUCCAGCCAUUGCAUCAGUACUUCAUCCUAGACAUAAUCCUCGGCCAGGUCGCAUACUAUUAGAAAACGUGAACAACCGGCCUCCAACCAUGGAUCGUGGUACACAAGCCAAUGAAGCUGCAAAUGUUGUAUUAGAUAACAAUGAUGCACCAUCUACUAGCAAUGAACCUACAAAUAAUGAACUGUAUCGAAAUGCUAAUAUUAGUGUUACUAAUCAGAAAUUAUUAACAAAUGGAGGUGAUAGCUCUUCAGUAGACAGUUUAAACAGUGCUGAUUCUGCAAAACGUGAAAGUGAAGAAUCAAUUAUAGAAUUAGCCGAGUUUAAUCAGCCUAUGAUUAGUAAAGAUAACAUUGAUGGGCAGCAAACCAUGGGAAAUGGUGAUGGAAAAUUCCCAGGUACCAAUAAUGGAAAACCUAUAAAUGGCGUUGUCAAGGAUUAUCCAGUUGAUGAUGAUACCGAUAAAACUAGUUGUGGUAUGGAGUGUUUGUACUUUGCUAUGCAAUGUUGUGAGUGUACUAUUAUGUGAUGAUGCAUUUGUUUCAUAUGAUUUUUCUUAGUUAUAAACAUUUAACUAUACUUUAACUAUUUUUCUAUUAAAAAUAUUGUGGAAUUAUUUAUAAAAUAUAAUGUUUUACAUUGUACACAUUUGUUUACUUAUAGUCAUGAUUGCCUUGUAAACUUAACUUAAAUAAGACUGCCGUGACUGUAGCCAAUCAUUAAUGAAAUUUAACUAUUACUGAACAAAUAUCUUAUUUUUUGUUUUUAUUAGUAAAUACAAAUAGUAAUUAAUAUUCAAUUUUUUCAAUUUUGAACAUUAAAAAUACAUUUCUUUGUUCUUUUUUUUACAAACAUUAUUACAUUACAAAAGUUAAUAAUAAUGUUCAUUUUUUCAAAAUUUAUUUCAUAAAUUUUUAGUGUUAACUUAUUAUUUUUAUCGUGAUUAUUGAUUAUUGACAAGCAAAGUUUAAAAUAUUGAUUAAAAAUUCAAAGUAUGUGCCAUUAUGUAACAAAGUAUUGAAAAAGGCAACUUAUAAUUAAUGUAUUCAAAGAACCAUUUUAGUUACAUUUAUUUUUUUAUUAAUGACACGUGUCAAUAAUUAUUAAGUUUUAUUGUAACAAAAUGAAUUAAUAUUUUAUGUUACUUGGUAUGAUAAUUGCAUUUAAAUUUUUGUCCACCAAUGAUAAAAUUAUCAUUGAGUUGCAAAUAAAUUGUCAAUUAAUGUGAUACUGUAUUGUACUAUCCCAAUCAGUUUAGUUAGAGUAUACUGUGUACAUAAAUAAGUUAAUCUUUUUUUUGUGAAGAAUAUUUAAUUUAAUAUACUUCAUGUUGUGUAUAUUUAAGAGUUUAUUUUAUUAAGUAUGUAGCGUAGUAGUAAUUUAUAAUUUCAUAUUUAAAGGUUUUUUUUUUACGAAUCUCUAUUUUGAUUUUUUAUUUUCUAUUGUAAUACAAGGUUAUAUUGUAAACCUUAUCAAACUUACCUAUUUACUUAAGAAAAUAAAAAUAAACGUGUAAAAAUUUUA